CAUCAAUUCAAAGUUGUUCCGCAGAACAUCCUCGAGCAAGCUGAUCACGUGACCUCGGCUCGUGCCUCCCUUGCCGGCCGGCCGGCAACCCUAUAUAGCUCAUCUAUGUACCGUAGGGCACUAUGCGGUUUCCCCGCAUUCGUCCCUUUGGGGGAGACUGACGCUCUACCACACUUUACAAGACUCGCAUCUUGACAUCUCAACGAUUCCAAAUGGCAUGAUGUCGGGAAGGCUGUCCACCAGAAGGACUCGAUCAAAGCUGCAGUACAGGCACUGUUGUAUCCGUCCAGGCACUCUGCAUGCUACAACUUCUGCUCCACUUGACCUGGUUCGCCCUGUAUAAAGAAGCUUUGUUGCUCUCGCGAGCAUGUCUGAGGCAUCAGCAAGCCGACCCAGAGCCAUCGACGAGCAGCCGAAAGCCUCCAUCCAUCGCGGCAGUAUGAGCCGCAUCUUUAUGCGCUCUCGAGCUACGCGCGUAGCUAGUCGACCGUCCACAUCGCCAGCCCCACCAACCAGGCGCCACGCUGUCACGCAAGAGGAAGGAUCGCAACUCGAGGAUAUCUCGGCCGACAGGCAGCCUCACGAUGAUCGUACGUCUGGAUUCUGCGAACGAAGCGACAAGGAAGAAAGCCCAGAAGGCUACAGCUCUAUGCUACACUUUGUCGAAACAGGUAGAGAGAACCGCUGGCAGCGCAGAACGGUGGAAGGAGAAGGUGGAGAACGAGAUGCGGACUCCAGGCGAAGAAGCAGCUCUCGUGGAUCCUUCCUGGGGCGCUCGCGCGAACCCAUCAUUCUCAACGCGUCGCGACCAGGGAGCAAUGACGAGUACGUGGACGAAAGCGAAAGCCGGACGUGGGAGAGCACGGGGCAUGGUUGGCUAGCAGGAGGCGCACCGCUGGACGGCAUCGACGAAGGACGCACGGGCAGACGAUGGAGAAGCACGAGUCGUACAUUGCGAGAAGGCGGCAGCAGCAUAAGUCCAGACUCGCGACGUGGUCGAGGCGACUCUCGAUCGCAAUCUACAGGACGUUAUGGAGGCGGAAGAGCCGGUCGAUCCACGAGUCGAGCACCGGCGCUCAAAAAGGUGGAAGAUGAUGAAGGCGAGGGCAGAGGACGCUUGUCUCCCAUCGAAAAUGGGACACUCAAGAAGGCGCAUUUCGAAUCUACGCGCAGCACCGAGCAGAGCUCCUCUCUUUCAGGCGACACCCAUGCCGCUCCCGAGCCUUCCGCCGCAAAGAAGGAAGAGAUUGCUGCACCGUCCCGCUACCCGAACCUUCUAAAGAGCUUCAUCGGCAAGCGAGAAGCAGGACAAACACCAGUGCUGCCUCUGGUCAAGCAUGUCCCUCUAACCCUAGAAGUUUGGAUAUGGGCAUGGAUCGGUGCCCUCGUGCCCAUCGGCGCCAUCUCAGCUCUGUUCAGCCACGCAAACUUGUUCGCUGCCGAUGGACCAGCCCCUACGCCAUGGGCAUCGCCAGUGAUUGUGGGCAGCUUUGGCGCCAGUGCUAUUCUGCUCUUUGGUGCGCCUGCGAGUCCGCUAGCUCAGCCGUUCCAAUUUGUGGGCGGCCAGAUGGUCAGCGCCUUUGUCGGCGUUGCCGUGACGAAACUUUUCGAAUUGAACAGUCACUAUAAGAUUUCCGACACGGAUCAAAUGGGCAGCCUCGUCUGGCUCGCUGGAGGCGUGGCAGUGGCGACGGCCCUGCUUGGCAUGUUCAUCACCAACACCGUGCAUCCUCCAGGCGGUGCGACAGCCCUCCUAGCCGCGACCUCGCCGCCCAUUACGAAACUAGGUUGGCGGUAUCUCGUAGUUGUGUUGAUUUCCAGCGGCAUCAUGUUGUCGUGGGCUCUCUUCUGGAUGAAUCUGGGUCGGCAAGCAUACCCAGGACAGAGCUGGAUUCCACCGCCUGGUCCAGCGAGGGCGCACUCAGUGUGGGGUAUUUUCGAUGCUGCAAGAGCCAAAGCUAGGGAAGUAAAAGAGCACAAGCGUCAAGAGGCUGACAAGGAGCUGGCUGUGCAGUAGGCCUAGUGGCGGAUGAAUGCAAUCACGUUGUCUUGUCGUAUCUCUGCCAGCUGUGCCCUUGUGUCUUCCGUCAAGCCAACAAUCGCCCUUUGCAUAAGCGAUCGAAUGCCAGCCCUCAUGAUCUUCAUGUCUGCAUAAGCUGAAAUUACCAAAUUUACGCUCGAGAGAUAGAGUCCACCCUUUGGACUGGCGAUUGUGAAAGGUUGUGCUGUGCUCGCACGACCAAGGCAGGCUUGCGGGGGUGCGGAUGGAC